AUGAGCAAAAACAUAAUAAGAGUAGCCACCUGGAUCAGAACAUCGUUUAACAAUAAAGACCAAGAAAUUUUGUGCGAAAUAUCUAUAAAAAGUAUAGACUUACGAGUAUGCGCGAUCCAAGAAACAAAAAUAAAAGGCAAAGUCCACAGGAAUUACAACAUGUACACUCUGAUAUAUAGUGGUGUAAAUAAAGAAGAACGCGCAAGAUCCGGUGUAGGGAUACUCCUGCAUAAGAAAUGUAAGGAACACAUAGAAAGCAGACAAUAUGUCUCUGAAAGAAUAGAAUGUGUUAAAAUUACCACCGAUAGGAAAAAACUCAACGUCCUCUCAAUAUAUAGUCCCGAAGAUUGCAAGAUUCAUAAUGAAAGAGAAAAUUUCGUUGAAUAA